AUUCAUUUACUGGUGAGGCAUGGAUACGGGAAGCCUUAUCGACGCUGCGAUUACGUCGCUGGGCCAUGCUCAGACUGUCAAUUAUGCAAAUGCUAUAUGCGUCGCCCUUGUCGCUUACGACUUUUUGCUGACGUUCGUUGAUGAGGUCCGACUUAUCUGGCCAGCGAAAUGGAAUGUCGGAAAGAUCCUAUUUUUCCUCACACGAUAUCCUGUCUUCUUAGAUGUGGCGUUGAAUCUCGUCGAUUUGAUACACCCGCAUCUCAAGCUCAGCCUAUGCAAACCAAUCUAUCAAGCAGCUGCCUGGAUGUCGUUCACGGGCAUUACUAUUGCCGAAAUUAUCAUGAUGAUGCGAGUAUAUGCGAUCUGGGGAGCGAAGCGGGAAGUUUUAGUGUUCCUUGUUCUAUUUAACUUGGGCAUUAUUAUUCCGGAUAUAAUUCUAUUGCAGAAGUCUCUUCGGUCACUCGUGUUCAUGCCUUCUCCGUUCCCGACUCUCGCACCUUGUGUACUGAUCCAGGCAGAUACGUCUGUCUACAUCGACUUCAUACUCAUCAUGGUUUCAGAAUUUGGUACAUCUAACUCUUACGGCAUCUUCCUGAAGAACAACGCAACUUACGUGCUGUCCACAGUUGUGAUCGUCAUGACCUUUUGGAAGUGCUUUGCAGACUGGAAAGGAAGUAGAAGUCCGCUUAUGAAGACUCUGUUUGAGGACGGGCUUCAGUACUUUAUAUCAAUAUCACUUGCGAAUCUUCUUGUCGUCAAAACAGCAAAUGUCGACUUCUCUGGCCUCCUCUUCGAAAUACAGCGUGUUUUACACGCCAUACUCUCUGCACGCAUGCUGAUUGAUAUUCGGGAUUCUGUUACUCCUGUUGUCCUCAGCAACGCACGUCCUAUGUCUUUCGCUGCUGCUCCUGGUAAAGGUUCAGGAGGCACGAGCACUCUUUCUCAAAUGGAAUUCGGUGACAGGGAGCCAACGGAUAGCUAUAACAGCUCUACAACACAAGUGCGCUCUAUUGGGACAGUGUUGUCUAGUUUCUUCAAGUCCUGGAAAGCAGGGCCUUUGAGUAACGUGCACAUCACAAGAGGAACGAUUGUUGACAAUGAAUUGUAUCAUACGAUGAAUGUCGACAGCUCACUCGAUAAUAUGGAUACAGACAGCCUCCUCAACGAAGCUAUCUUGUCGCUUAAUCAUGCUCAAGUAGUAAAUUACAUGAACGUCAUGUGUCUUGCACUGGUCGCUUAUGACUUCCUAUUGACGUUCGCCGAUGAGGUCCGACUCAUUUGGCCGGCAAAGUGGAACAUGGGUAAAUUCAUGUUCUUUCUCACCCGGUAUCCGGUAUUCUUGGAAAUCGCAUUAACCCUCGUCGAUUAUAUGCAACCUAAUCUCAAGCUUAAUUUAUGCAAACCAAUUUAUCAAACAGGAGCUUGGAUGUCCCUUGCAGGGAUCACCGUUGCGGAAAUUAUCAUGAUGAUGCGAGUCUACGCGAUUUGGGGAGCUAAGAAGGAAGUCCUCGCGUUUCUCGUUAUUCUCAAUGUCGGUAUAAUUGUCUCAACAAUAGUGAUCUUACAGAAGAGCCUCCAAUCACUGGUUUUUAUUCCAUCUCCGUUCCCUACGCUGGCGCCUUGUAUUCUUACCUCUGCCGACACGACGGUGUACAUUGAUUUCGUACUAGUGAUGGUUGCAGAAUUCGUUGUGAUUGUGAUGACUGUCUGGAAAUGCUUUGCAGAUUGGAAGGAGAACAGAAGUUUAUUGAUGAAAGCGCUUUUUGAGGACGGCCUGCAGUAUUUCAUAUGCUUGUUUGUGGUAUCCUUGGCAAAUCUACUGGUUCUCAAGACGGCACCUGUCGACUUCUCUGGAUUGCUUUUCGUGUUCCAGCGCGUACUCCACGCUAUACUUACUGCUCGCAUGCUCAUGCACAUUCGCGACGCCGUCGAACCCAUCACCUAUUCCAAUCUAUCUGCCAUGUCGUUUGCCGUGCGUUUGAAAAAUAUGUCGAGUUCCAAGACUCUCGCAAAGAUGGAGUUUGGAGAACCUGAGGUAACAAAUAUUAGCGGCAAUGGGAGUUCCGAGAUACAGAUUCAAUCUGUUGAGACUAGAAAGAGUAUUUUCAAGGCCGGAUCGCUGAGUGCUGUACAUAUCACAAGGGGCACGAUUGCUGAUGAGGAAUUGCAUCAAGUGGUCAACAUCGGACAUACACAGACCUAG